GGCGUGACCCCCGAGCAGGUGACACACGUGGUGGUCACCCACGGCCACUCGGACCACGCCGGCAACCUCAACCUGUUCCCGCGAGCCACGCUGCUGGUGGGCUUCGACCUGAGCCGGGGCCGGGGGCUUUACCUGCCGCAGGGGCUGGCCAGCGGAGCCCCCCUGGAGCUGCACCCCGGCCACCUCCGGGUGAUCCCCACGCCCGGUCACACCCGGGCUCACGUGGCCCUGCUGGCCCUGGGCACGCGGCUGGGGACGGUGGCGGUGGCCGGGGACACCUUCGAGCGCAGGGGGGACGCGGAGGAGUGGGGGGCGCUGAGCGAGGACCCCCGGCGGCAGCGGCGCAGCCGGGGCAGGGUGGUGGCCCUGGCCAAUGUCAUCGUGCCCGGGCACGGGGAGCCCUUCAGGGUGGUCAAGGAGUGGGGGGACGGGGGGAGCGAGGAGGAGGAGGAGGAG